CUGGAACCAACAUCCCAUGGAUACCAAGGGACGACUGUAUGCAUCUCCUACUACUGGUUCUGUUUCUGUGGUAGAACCCUGACUGACACAAUCAGCCAUGCUCUGGAUGUUUCUUGGGCAUUCUCUGAUCUCCAGAAUGGGAAAAGCCUCCUGAAUUCUUCCCUGGGAGUCAGGCCUGCCUGCCUUCCUUUCCUUUCUUCCUCCUGGAGAGCUUGUACCUCAGAAAUCUGGAAGGCCUCUAUCUCUGAAGAGCACCAUUUUCCUUCAUCUGUCUAGCUCGUCAUGCAUUUGCUAGAUAUUAACAACUCUAAUGAAGCCUAGCUUCUCCAAUGAUAGCUUUAUUGCUAGACUUACUCUUUGUUUUAGCCAUAGGGAGUUAUCUCUGUCCAAUCCCAGAAGUUUACCAUAUUCCCUCCCCUUUCUCCAUCUCAAGUCCCACUUUCUCUUCACCACCUGUUAGACAGACUGAGAGCUGUCUCCCAACACCCAUUCUCCUCUUGUUCCAUGGCAGUAGCCAGCCCAUGACUUUACAGGAUAAAGACUAGAUUUUUCAAACUCUUUUUCACGUAAGUGCAACUAGGUUAUAGCCAAAGGAAUAGAAUAGAUGCAAUGUGUCCAACUUCCAGGUUGCGCAUUAACAGAAGGGCAGUCCCACCUCUCCCUUUUCUUUCACCUUCCAAAUGGCCAAAAUAUAGACACAAUGAUGGGCCAUACUGGAUUUUGUGGGCCACAGCACCACCCAAAAGGGAGUGGAGAAAUAAGAGACAGCAAGCUUCAGACCUAUACUGCUACCUGGACUUCCAUCUGGUUUAUGACACUGAUUUUUUUUUUUUAAUCUCUGCAGCAACAGCCAAAUUUUUUUUUUUUUUUGAGAUGGAGUCUCGCGCUGUUGCCCAGGCUGGAGUGCAGUGGCGCGAUCUCGGCUCACUGCAACCUCUGCCUCCCAGGUUCAAGCGAUUUUCCUGCCUCAGCCUCCUGAGUAGCUGGGAUUACAAGUGCGUGCCACCACGCCCGGCUAAUUUUUGGUCUCCAACUCUGACCUCAUGAUCUGCCUGCCUCGGCCUCCCAAAAUGCUGGGGUUACAGGCGUGAGCCACUAUGCCCGGCCAACAGCCAAGUUUAUAUCCUAACCAACACACCAACUGGCCAAAAGAAUAACCAGCUCCCCCAACCCGCUCUUCCCCAACCUAAUUAUUAUAUUGGAUUGUCUUGUUACCAGGCUGUUCCUCCUCCUUCCCACCCUUAAAUAUGGUUGACCCCCUCUCCCACUGGGUCUCUCCUUGAAUCUGGUCUCUCUAUGCUGUCUCCCUUGGAAAUCUCAUCCACUCUCAUGGAAAAUGACUUAACAUGCUUCUAAUCCUAACUCAUCUCUGAGUACCAGGUCUGCUUAUUGGACUUCUCAUUGAUCAAUUACCAGUACCUCAGACUCUGCAUGUUUAAAAUAAAACUCACUUUCCUCUCUCUCACACACACACACAAACACACACACACAUUCACCAUGGGGGUAAGUAGGCAACCUGUUCUCUUCUUGAUCUCCUUAUUCAGGUAAAUGAAAUAAAUGACACCACCAUCCUGCCAAGAACCCAGGCUUAAAACUACAAAUUCAAAUGCUUAGAGACCAGGCAAGAGGCAAGGGACAAGUGGUAACUGUGGGGAGCCAAAGAGCUGCUGACCAAUCUGAAAAAAGCAGCCACAACUUGCUGAUCUCUGGCAUGUAAAUAUUAGCCUAGUGCUGUUGGGUCUUCUGAUCUUCCAAGAGAAGUAAAAAAUCUAGAUUUUAUGUUUUAUGUGAUCUCUCUAGAUUGUACAAACAAAACAAGAAGCCAUCUUGAACUGGUCAAUAUGUAAAUCAAAAAUUUAAAAACAUAUUUCCUAUUUCUAAAUAAAUGUCAUAAAAUGACAAUGUAAUUUGUAGCAAAAAUAACUUGACAGAUCUUUCUAAUAUGUCUAAAUCAUUUUUUGGUUUUUGGAAGUUAUGAAUCUUUUGAUACAGUUGUCACUAGAUUCUGCCCCUGUAUGGGGUGAUGAUUUGACAUAGGAAGCAACAUCGAAUUGUUCCAACAACUUCCUCAUUAAAUGGAUAAUCAUUAAAUGAAUUAAGUAGAGAAUUUCCUUAAUAUCAAUGAUACUGUUUUUAGUGUUGAAUCCUCAGUUUCUUAUUAAUAGCAAUUAAAUUUAAACAUUUUAUAGACUUUAUAAUAAAGUCUAAGAACAUACAGAACUGAUUCAAUAUCUCCGUUAUUGACUAAGUCACAAAAAUCACUUAUUGAAAUAUCUUUUAACUUACUGGCUUAUUCACUAUGUUCUGUUCACUCUCAAUUCAUGGAGCUUCACAAACCAGGGGGCUUUAUUUCAAGAUUCAAAAAAUUGAAAGGGCUUAAAAGUUUAUUACAUUUUUCACUUUUGUCACCAAAUACAUUGAUUUAUUAGAAAAUCCAAUAAUUUUUCUCUUGGAAUUGAUACUUCACUUUUUUUUUCAAACAGGAUACCUAUUUUUUCUUAUCCAUAUUAACUUCCACUUGUUUCAAACUUCCCUUUGUUUACAUAUGUCCAGCUGCUUUACAGUUUAUUGAAAUAAUGUCAGCUCUAAUAGCUAAAACAUGUUUUCUUAUAAAGCUAAAAUAAAUACUGCUGGGCACGGUGGCUCAUGCCUAUAAUCCCAGCACUUUGGGAGGCAGAAGUGGGCAGAUCACUUGAGGUCAGAAGUUUGAGACCAGCCUGGCCAACAUGGCGAAACUCCAUCUCUACUAAAAAUAUAAAAAUUAGCCAGGUGUGGUGGCGCACGCCUGUAAUUCCAGCUACUUGGAAGGCUGAGGCAGGAGAAUCACUUAAACUCAGGAGAUGGAGGUUGCAGUGAGCUGAGAUCAUGCCACUGCACUCCAGCCUGGGCAACAGAGCGAGACUUCAUCUCAAAACAAAACCAAAAAACUCUAAAAUAAAUACUGACAUCUCCAUUAAAAUAUCAUUUAUUAAGGCCCAAACUCUUUAAAAUAUAUUUUUCAAACAGCCACUGCAUUUGUUUCCAUUACAGUGAACAUACAGAACUUACUGACUUCCACCACAGUGGUUAUAGCUCAGGGGUAGAGCAUUUGAAUGCAGAACUUACUGACUUCCACAUUGCUUUUGCAGACCUAGCACUGCAGGCUUGUCCAUCAAGGUUCAAUUUGCACUACUUAAUUUCAUUAUUUCUGCUAUUUGGUGUGUGGUAGUAAAUACAGUUUAUCAAGAAAAGCAUGAGUUCCCUGACUUGUAUUGGUUUAUCCAAAAUUGAAUUUGAUAAUUUAGUGCCAAAUUAAAACAUCCACAUUUUUCCUAAACUUUUGGCUGAAACUCCAUAACUCUCUCUAGAAUUACAUUAGCAUUUUUUGUGUAAAAUCCAGUGACAAUUUUCUUAUUUGGUACAAUAUUCCAAUUACAUCUUUAUGGAACUAUAUCUCAAAUGUAAUUCUUUCUUGUCUACUCACAAUAAAAACAAUAUAGUGUACUAAAUGUUUCCCAGUGUCAUAAGAUCAACAAAAACCAUUAUAUUAAAAAACCUUUAAAUUUGCAUUUUAAUUAUUAAAACACAUUCACAUAAAAAAUGAAGCUUCUUAGAUGAUUUUAAAUACACCUCUUUGAUUUACAUAUUUUUCAAAAAGCUGUUUUCUCAUUUGGGUACAUCUGGUUUUUAACAGGUGGGUCCAGAAUACAAUGGCGUGUUCAUAUCAAUAUUAAUCCUUUUGAAGUUCUAGUAAAUGUGUGUGAAAUGCUCAAUUAUACUUAACUAUAUAGUAGUGCUAAAAAUUCUGACAGUACCUUCUAAAUCUUUUUUUUUUUUUUUUUUUUUUUUUGAGACAGAGUCUCGCUCUGUUGCCCAGGCUGGAGUGCAGUGAUGAGAUCUCGGUUUACUACAACCUCCAUCCCCCAGGGUUCUAGCCAUUCUCAUGUCUCAGCCUCCUGAGUAGUUAGGAUUACAGGCACGCACCACCAUGCUGGGCUUUUAUUUUUAGUAGAGGCGAGAUUUCACCAUGUUGGCCAGGCUGGUCUCGAACUCCUGGCCUCAAGCGAUCUGCCCACCUUGGCUUCCCAAAGUGCUGGGAUUUCAUAAGCCAGCCAGCUUGGCCCUAAAUCUUUUUGAUUGCUUUAUCUCCACUCUGAUAACCUUUUUGGGAGUUCUAAGUUUUCAAAUACUUAAUUUAUAAAACUGAUUCUAUUCUUUCAAGUUCUUUUCUCAUCGAUAAUCACAAAUUUUCUUCACUUACACAAGCUUUAAGAGCAUUCUGACGAAAUAUAUGUUUAACACUUUGAUCUUUUAACAAUAGAACUUCUGAGCACUAAGUACCCAACAUUUCGGUCACUAGCAAUGUCACUCAAAUUUUUGGUUGAAAAAAAUUAUUUUUUCAUUACAAAACUAUAGAUUUUAUGUAAUAAAGUUUAUCUUAUAAAUUAUAAAUUUUAUUUUGUGCUGAUUCUUAAACAGUAUCAAAAGAAGUUCCAGGCUGGGAUUCAUUAUUAUUAUAAAUUUGUUUGUUCUUCUGCAGAUAUCAAGAUUUACAUUUAUCAUACUUAAAAGUAUUAAAAAUUUAUCCAGAUUUUUGUUGUCUCUUUCAUUCUAGGUGGAUGUUUCUAAUAUUCUAUAAUAAAAUCUUAAAUGUAUAAAUAUAAAACACUGCAUACCUAUUUUCCAAAGAAUUAAUGUAUGUGCUUACAAUAGAAGUAUUUUAUUAUUUUUUGAGACAGAGUCUCACUCUGUCGUCACCCAGGCUGAAGUGCGGUGGUAAGAUCUCAGCUCACUGCAGCCUUGACCUCCCAGGCUCAAGGGAUCCUCCCACCUCAGCCUCUCCAGUAGCUGGGACUACAGGCAUGCGCCACCAUGCCUGGCUAACUUUUUUUUGUAUUUUUUUCUAGAGACAGGGUUUUGCCAUGUUGCCCACGCUGGUCUUGAACUCCUGGGCUCAAGUGAUCCUCUUGCCUUGGCCUCCCAAAGUGCUGGGAUUACUGCUGUGAGCCACUGUACCCAGUCCAAUAAAAGUAUUUUAAACUAGUGAUUCUCCUAAAGCAAUUAGUGAUUUAACACAUGUAACUUGGCUGCAGUCCCUGCAGUGACACAGGCCAGAUUGUGUCAUAAUGUGGAAACAACAGGAGGCCUGUUAUCAAUGAUACUGACAUCCUACAACUAUUAGCACAAACCAAUGAGUUUAUAUUAAAAUUUCUAUUAUUAACUAAUUCUAACACUUAUUAUAAUUACUAUACUACUUACCCUCGAAAUAUUUCAACAUUUUAACCAUCAAUAUGGUGCAGGGUGCAUAAUGGCUAAAUAUCGGAUCUAGUCUAUAUGCUGAACUUAGUCCAGGGACUGCCAGUUUCAGCUUCAAGCCAGAACUCCAGAAGAGAUCAUCAGUGGGUCCUGGAAAAUCUAUCAAGGCUCCGCAGAAAGGUACUCUCCCAGGAGGCCUUCCUGAAUUCUUUUGUGAGGCAGAAUACUUCCCGAGCUGCCCCGGCCCUUCUCCGGCCAAGUCUCUCCAGAAACUCAUCCCAUUCGGUCUCAGAUGGAAGGGGUCCCACACCCACGACAAGCCUCCGGGUUUGCUUAAUGACUCAAACAGCGAGGGUGCUCGUCAAAUUUCUGGAAGUCAUCAAGCCCUUCUGUGUCAUCCUGCCGGAAAUUCAGAAGCCGGAGAGGAAGAUUCAGUUUAAGGAGAAAGUGCUAUGGACCGCUAUCACCCUCUUUAUCUUCUUAGUGUGCUGCCAGAUUCCCCUGUUUGGGAUCAUGUCAUCAGAUUCAGCUGACCCUUUCUAUUGGAUGAGAGUGAUUCUAGCCUCUAACAGAGGCACAUUGAUGGAGCUGGGGAUCUCUCCUAUUGUCACGUCUGGCCUUAUAAUGCAACUCUUGGCUGGCGCCAAGAUAAUUGAAGUUGGUGACACCCCAAAAGACCGAGCUCUCUUCAACGGAGCCCAAAAGUUAUUUGGCAUGAUCAUUACUAUCGGCCAGUCUAUUGUGUAUGUGAUGACUGGGAUGUAUGGGGACCCUUCUGAAAUGGGUGCUGGAAUUUGCCUGCUAAUCACCAUUCAGCUCUUUGUUGCUGGCUUAAUUGUCCUACUUUUGGAUGAACUCCUGCAAAAAGGAUAUGGCCUUGGCUCUGGCAUCUCUCUCUUCAUUGCAACAAACAUCUGUGAAACCAUCGUAUGGAAGGCAUUCAGCCCCACCACUGUCAACACUGGCCGAGGAAUGGAAUUUGAAGGUGCUAUCAUCGCACUUUUCCAUCUGCUGGCCACACGUACAGACAAGGUCCGAGCCCUUCGGGAGGCAUUCUACCGCCAGAAUCUUCCCAACCUCAUGAAUCUCAUCGCCACCAUCUUUGUCUUUGCAGUGGUCAUCUAUUUCCAGGGCUUCCGAGUGGACCUGCCAAUCAAGUCGGCCCGCUACCGCGGCCAGUACAACACCUAUCCCAUCAAGCUCUUCUAUACGUCCAACAUCCCCAUCAUCCUGCAGUCUGCCCUGGUGUCCAACCUUUAUGUCAUCUCCCAAAUGCUCUCAGCUCGCUUCAGUGGCAACUUGCUGGUCAGCCUGCUGGGCACCUGGUCGGAUACGUCUUCUGGGGGCCCAGCACGUGCUUAUCCAGUUGGUGGCCUUUGCUAUUACCUGUCCCCUCCAGAAUCUUUUGGCUCCGUGUUAGAAGACCCAGUCCAUGCAGUUGUAUACAUAGUGUUCAUGCUGGGCUCCUGUGCAUUCUUCUCCAAAACGUGGAUUGAGGUCUCAGGUUCCUCUGCCAAAGAUGUUGCAAAGCAGCUGAAGGAGCAGCAGAUGGUGAUGAGAGGCCACCGAGAGACCUCCAUGGUCCAUGAACUCAAUCGGUACAUCCCCACAGCCGCGGCCUUCGGUGGGCUGUGCAUCGGGGCCCUCUCGGUCCUGGCUGACUUCCUGGGCGCCAUUGGGUCCGGAACCGGGAUCCUGCUCGCAGUCACCAUCAUCUACCAGUACUUUGAGAUCUUCGUUAAGGAGCAGAGCGAGGUCGGCAGCAUGGGGGCCCUGCUCUUCUGAGCCCGUCUCCUGGACAGGUUGAGGAAGCUGCUCCAGAAGCGCCUCAGAAGGGGAGCUCUCAUCAUGGCGCGUGCUGCUGCGGCAUAUGGACUUUUGUUUAAUAAUGUUUCUGAAUUUCGUAUUCUUUCAUUCCACUGUGUAAAGUGCUAGACAUUUUCCAAUUUAAAAUUUUGCUUUUUAUCCUGGCAUUGGCAAAAAGAACUGUGAAAGUGAAAUUUUAUUCAGUCAACUGCCAGAGAAGUGGGAAUGGUAUAGGAUUGUCCCCAAGUGUCCAUGUAACUUUUGUUUUAAUCUUUGCACCUUCUCAGUGCCGUAUGCGGCUGCAGCAGUCUCACCUGUUUCCCCACAAAGGGAAUUUCUCACUCUGGUUGGAAGCACAAACACUGAAAUGUCUACGUUUCAUUUUGGCAGUAGGGUGUGAAGCUGGGAGCAGAUCAUGUAUUUCCCGGAGACGUGGGACCUUGCUGGCAUGUCUCCUUCACAAUCAGGCGUGGGAAUAUCUGGCUUAGGACUGUUUCUCACUAAGACACCAUUGUUUUCCCUUAUUUUAAAAGUGAUUUUUUUGACGACAGACUUCUUCCAAAAAAGAGGGAUGGCUUUCCCAGAAGACGUUCCUGGCCAUCUGUGGAUUUGUCUGUGCACCUAUUGGCUCUUCUAGCUGACUCUUCUGGUUGGGCUGAGUCUGCCUGUUUCUGCUAGCUCCGUGUUUAGUCCACUUGGGUCAUCAGCUCUGCCAAGCUGAGCCUGGCCAAGCUAGGUGGACAGACCCUUGCAGUGAUGUCCAUUUGUCCAGAUUCUGCCAGUCAUCACUGGAUACGUCUCCUCACAGCUGCCCUAUCAAGGGGAGACAUUGUGGUGGCUAUCAGACAUGGACAGAAACUGACUUAGUGCUCACAAGCCCCUACACCUUCUGGGCUGAAGAUCACCCAGCUACGUUCAGAGUUUUCUUACUGUGCUUAGGACUGCACACAAGUGAGCAGAUGCCAUCGACUUCCUUUCUGCGUCGCCAGUGUCGUCAGCAGAGAGAGGACAGCACAGGCUCAAGGUCGGUAGUGAAGUCAGGUUUGGGGUGCAUGGGCUGUGGUGGUGUUGAUCAGUUGCUCCAGUGUUUGAAAUAAGACUCGUGUUUAUGUUUGGAAUAAGUUCUGUUUGUGCUGACAGGUGGCCUAGGUCCUGGGGAUGAGCACCCUCUCUCUGGCCUUUAGGGAGUCCCCUCUUAGGACAGGCACUGCCCAGCAGGAAGGGCAGCAGAGUUGGGUGCUAAGAUCCUGAGGAGCUCGAGGUUUCGAGCUGGCUUUAGACAUUGGUGGGACCAAGGAUGUUUUGCAGGAUGCCCUGAUCCUAAGAAGGGGGCCUGGGGGUGCGUGCAGCCUGUCGGGGAGACCCCACACUGACAGUGGGCACACAGCAGCCUGCGAAGCACAGGGCCACUGCCACAGCCCGGCAGAGGGGCACGCUCUGUCCAGAGACCUCACUGGCAGUGCUAGCCAGGAAACAGUGACCAAGGGGCAAGAAGGGACUUGCCUAAAGCCACCCAGCAGCUCAGCAGCAGAACCAAGAUGGGCCCUAGGCCCAGGGCUUACCACCCUAUCACAUGUGGCCUUGUCUAGACCCAGUCCUGAGCAGGGGAGAGGCUCUUGAGACCUGAUGCCCUCCUACCCAAGUGGUUCUCCCACUGCCCUGUCCGCUCUGCUGCUACAGAGGGGCAGGGCCUCCCCCAGCCCACGCUUAGGAAUGCUUGGCCUCUGGCAGGCAGGCAGCUGUACCCAAGCUGGUGGGCUAGGGGCUGGAGGGCGCCAGGCCUCAGGAGGAGCCCCAUAGUCCUGCCUGCAGCCUGUAACCAUCGGCUGGGCCCUGCAAGGCCCACACUCACGCCCUGUGGGUGAUGGUCAACGGUGGGUGGGUGGGGACUGACCCCAGCUUCCAGGGGACUGUCACUGUGGACGCCAAAAUGGCAUAACUGAGAUAAGGUGAAUAAGUGACAAAUAAAGCCAAUUUUUUACAAGGUA